AUGCCACCCUCAGCCGGGCGAGUGGGCAAGUCUGCAUCUUCUGUCGCAAAGCAACUGCGCAAGUCACUAUCAAGCAUCUUAGAUGUUCGUCAAGAGAAAACCAGAAUCAAUAUUAUCAGCCCCUCACUCUGUGAGGAUGCGAUUCGAAGGCUUAGGCCAUCUCUGCCGGCGGCCAGACCCCUCGAUAUCAUCGACAUUAAUCCAGGAGUCUGCCUUUGGUCCUCCAGAAUACACCUUGCCCUGAAACCACGUUGUCACAUUCUUGUCGAACCCGACAAAGAUGCCUACAAGGACUAUGUUGAUCCACUCCUACAACAGCCAGGCUCCAGAUAUCGACAUGUACCAGUGCUAUCAGACCUCUUUGGGACCAAUCUUCUUCCAGACCAGACACCCGUGACUUCAGCCGACCAUGACAAAGGAAAAACGAACGAUUCUCUUCUGAUCCUGGCAAACCUGACAAGUGGGAAAGCAUUCAAAUCAAGAUCUGAUGGUCCACCUAGUGCCAGCAUGAUACCCCAGUACAUAGGUGGGAUACUGAAUCAGGAGAAUUCUAUUCAUCAUUACGGCUUGGUGAGAAUGCUUGCCUGGCUACCCGAUGAUGAAAAGGCUUCGUAUCUACCGAGGACAAUCACGGAGCGAAAGAAGUACUCUGUGAGACUAGAUCUGGUGACUCGACUCAGCGAGAUCGCCGGAGCUGCUCCUGAUGAUGUCCCUUCCUCUCAAGCACGGCGACAGCACGACUUGACUCUCCAAGGCUUGCAGCUUGUUGCUCAGCGAGCGAAGGCAUCCGGCGUUUGGCACCCUGAUAGUCGUCGGCCUCCAGCACCUACCCCUACUUGGUAUGAAAUCCCUCUGGUGUCCGAUGCACUUGAUCAACUGCGUGAACUGCCACACAAAUUCCCAUGGCAGAAAGAGUUGUUGACUGUUCAUGACACGUGGCGGAGGCCCCUGCCAAAGGUCAAUAAACAUGCCUCGGAAGCAAGCAGACCAAUAGGCAGACCACCAAGCGACGAGCCCGAGAGUUUGCGGUUGCUUCGAACCAAAUUUCUGACUGUUCGGAAGACCAAGGCCGUUGCACAGCAGUGGGCCGACCGGCAGAUCGAACUUGACAGGAGCCGAAUCGAUGCGCAUAGAGCACGCCAAUCACCAGCAGUACUUGCGGCCACGGAGAAAGAUAUACAACAAAAAGAAGCCACCUUAUGGGCUGAGAUGGCUAAAGGAAGGAAAGAUUUGGCUCUAGUGGCGAAGAGAUAUGUCGACGACCGUCGUGGUUUCGAACAGCAACCUCCUCUCCUGCAGUGGGACCGCCGAACGGCAGAGCCUCUACUGGUAAAAGACGAGGAGUUCUACCCAUCCCAAAAACUGGCGCUUCUCGAUUUUCAGCCCGUGCCUGACGUGCUUGAGAGAUUGAAUGAUUUCGACAAGCGAACAUGCUUUGACUACUUGUGCAAUAUCCUCUUCCGCAACCUUGCUCAACCUGUGCAUGCCCAUUUGGAAGCAAUUGCACAGGGAGGUCUGGAUGAGUUCGUCGAAAGGGUUCCUGAUCUCACCAAUCCACUGAAGGGCGGUCAUCCCAAUCUCCAUGACCUACGCGUUCGCACGCUCCCAACAGGACUUCUCGUGCAGCUGGCGCUUGCCUUGGAGACAUGGCCAUUUCGAUUGCAAACCCACGAGAUGAUCAUGCACACUAGUCGGAGAUUUGCACAACGUGCUGCUUGA